AUGUUUGCCCGGCUUUGCCUCCCCUUCUCUGCUCUGCGCUCCAUUCUCCUUCGCAUUGACUCCUUCAUGACCACUGCCAUGUCCUCCACAAGAAAAAGAGACAACAACUGGAUCGACGGUCUCCGCGGUAUUGCGUCGUUCAUCGUCGUUACCGGCCAUAUAUGCACAUCUUUCUUUCCCUAUUUACUUCACGCAAGCAACAAAGAGGGUGAUUCUCCAUCUCUCUUGCAGCUCCCAUUCUUAAGACUUAUCGUUGGCGGACGUGCCUGUGUGGCUCUCUUCUUCAUCAUCACCGGCUUCGUCAACUCACUCCAGUCAGUCAAGAAUGCCCGCUCCGGCAACACCACCGUCGCCCUGACCAAUCUUGCACGAAGUACAUUUACUCGCUCUGGACGACUGUUGCUGCCAACCGGCAUUGCAACAUGUAUGGCAUGGCUGCUUUGUCAACUUCAUGCUUUCGCAAUGGCUGAACGGAUCGAUGCGGCGUGGAUUCGGUGGGGUGCACGGCCCCCAGAUGCUUCAGUCUGGGAGGCCCUGUACAAACUGUUCAUUGACUUGACUCUCUUUUGGAACGCAGGCCCUGGUGAAUAUGAUGCCACUCAAUGGACCCUUGUAUAUUUCCUCCAUGGCUCGUUCCGUGUAUAUCUUGCUCUAUUAGCCAUGAUGCUUCUGUCGACCCGGUAUUGGCGUGUCGUCACUGCAUUUCUUUACAUCUGGUGUUGGGUUAUAGGAGACUAUGUUGUCGGCAUCAACAUCUUUGCAGGCCUCAUGCUUGCACAACUCCAAGUCGACCUUGGCCACCGGGCCACUUCCAUUCUCCCCAAACCUGUCCCGUCCCUAAUUAUCAUCAUUGGCCUAUACAUAUGCAGCUACCCCGAACACAGCGCUGAAUGGGUCUACUGGUCCCGCAUCAUGAAAGAGUUGAUCAAACAAAUAACCCCCUCCAACACCGACUACAGUCGCUACUGGGUUUCCGUUGGCACCACAAUCCUGAUGGUCGGCAUCUUCUUCUCCCGCAAUGCGAGAAAAUUCCUAACACUUCCCCUCUUCAACUUUCUCGGCCGUGCCUCAUUUGCCGUCUACCUAAUUCACAAUAGCCUCAUGCGAACCGUUCUGGUGUGGUUGACUUACGGUUAUGCGUCAGCUACGACGCCCAAGACAAACGAUGAGGGUAAAAUCAUUCAGUUGCGCCACCCGAACGGAAUGGCGUUUGUCUUCAUUCUCCCGGUCUUCUAUGCCAUCCUGUACGUGGCUGCGUAUGCGUGGACUCUCUAUGUGGAUCCCUGGUGCACGAAUGCCGUCAACUGGAUGAAGAACCAUAUGCUCCGGGAAGAAGAACGGGAAAGGCAAUUACCAACGGAAGCUGAGAAACCCACCCCAAUGACUGCCGUGGUGGCAUAA